UGCCAACCCUGUCAACAUACCUAACCAGACUCGUCAGUGGCACACACACAGGCCCUAAAAAAACACGUCCAUCCACAUAUAAGUUGAGGCUGUUGAGCAUGUGUUCAGCAGACACACCGUGAGCAGGCAGCAGCAAAGAUGUGGGUUUUUGGUUACGGAUCUUUGAUUUGGAAAGUUGACUUUCCGUACGAGGAGAAACGAGUGGGUUUCGUCAAAGGUUUUAGUCGCAGGUUCUGGCAGGGAAGUACGGAUCAUCGCGGGGUGCCUGGAAAGCCUGGGCGAGUGGUGACAUUAAUAGAGGAUCCUGAGGGAUGCGUAUGGGGUGUUGCUUAUAAGUUGCCAUCAGGCCGAGAAAAGGAAGUGAAAGAGUAUCUCGACUACAGAGAAAAAGGCGGGUAUGGGGUGAUCACAGUUACGUUUCAUCCCAAAGAUGAAGAACACCAACCAAUGCAGGACACGUUGCUCUACAUCGGAUCCUAUAACAACCCAGAUUACCUUGGCCCAGCGCCUUUGGAGACAAUUGCUCAGCAGAUUGUGAAGUCUGUUGGUCCCAGUGGCAAGAAUACAGAUUACCUGUUUGAGCUCGCCAAUGCCCUCAGGCAACUAGUUCCUGAUGACUUCGAUGAUCACCUGUUCUCUUUGGAGCGCCUUGUGAAGGAGCUUCAGGAGCAGGAGAUGGAGUGAUCUGCUAUUGUCUAUGUUGUCCUUGAUCUUCUGAAGAACUCAGGAAUUUAGUUAAUUUUUCCCUCAUUUAUCAACU